AUGUUCGCCAAGACCAUCGUGUCGCUCAUCUCUCUUGCGCUACUCGCUUCCGCGACGCCUACUAAGAGGGCGACGUGCAGCAAGGGCCGCUCCGCAUCCAAUGAACAGUGCUGCGUCUGGUUCGACGUCCUCGACGACAUCCAGGAGAACCUCUUCGACGGCGGCGAGUGCGGUGAGGAGACUCACGAGUCUCUCCGCUUGACCUUCCACGACUGCAUCGCCUUCCCCAUCGGCAAGAACGGCGGUGGCUGCGACGGCUCGAUCAUGGCCUUCACCGAGAUCGAGACCGGCUUCAACGCCUCCAUCGGCCUCGACGAGAUCGCCAACGAGCAGCGCCCCUUCGCCCUCAAGCACAACGUCUCCUUCGGCGACUUCAUCCAGUUCGCCGGUGCCGUCGGUGUCUCCAACUGCGGCGGCGGUCCCCGCCUGCAGUUCCUCGCCGGCCGCUCGAACCACUCCUCCGCGUCCCCCGACGGCCUCAUCCCGCUCCCCGAGGACCCGACCGACAAGAUCCUGAACCGCAUGGGUGCCGCGGGCUUCAGCCCGAACGAGGUCGUCGACCUGCUCGCGUCGCACUCCGUCGCCGCCCAGGACCACAUCGAGCCCUCGAUCCACGGCAGCCCGUUCGACUCCACCCCGUCGGACUUCGACGCGCAGUUCUUCGUCGAGACCCUCCUCAAGGGCGUCCUCAUGCCCGCGGCGCCCGGAGUCACCACGCUCGCCAGGGGCGAGGUCCUCUCGCCGCUCCCCGGAGAGCUCCGCCUCAACUCGGACUUCGAGCUCGCUCGCGACCCGCGCACCGCGUGCGAGUGGCAGUCGUUCGCCACGAACCAGAAGCUGAUGGUCGCCCGCUUCGAGGCCGCGAUGAAGAAGAUGACCGUGCUCGGCAACAACGUCCCCUCGCUCGUCGACUGCUCCGAGGUCAUCCCCGUCCCGAAGGCCGCGGCGUCGCAGAAGGCGCACCUCCCGGCGGGCAAGACGCAGAAGGACAUCGAGGCGUCCUGCAAGAGCACGCCGUUCCCCGUGCUCUCCGUCCUGCCCGGGCCCGAGACCAGCAUCCCGGUCGUCCCCCCCUCCUAA